CUCUCUGACUUCUUUUUCGUAUUCAACAUGGUUUUAGCUCACUCUUAUCUCUCACUCCCCCUGUCUCCCUCUGUGCACUCGGUGAUGGACUGGUGAUGUGACCUACCAAAUGUUUCUCUGAGAAGCCCAUCUUUGCAAGCUCCGUGGAAACUGAUACUUCUCCUGCUGCGGUAUUUGACUCUUACCAAUCUCUUAAAAUAAGAACCAUUUGCACUUUUAAGAAAUCUGAAAAGAUGCAAGUCGUGCUCCUAUAUUUUUACAAUUCAACGAGACAUUGAAAGGAUUCCCCCCUUUUCAGGAAUCAAGUGCGAUCGGAACUAAUGUUGGACGCCAGUGGACGGGCUUUUUCUACCUGUGCUUUCGCGAGUAGCUCUUUACAAAACGGGGAAUACAUCUUUGUAGUUAAUACCUUGCUCUCUUGUAAUCUUGGUGGGGUAACUCACACGGACUCUAUCGUUUAAAAAGGGAAAUGGUCUGGUUAGAGUCUUAACCUCACUGAUAAAUAUAUCUUAAAUGGUACAGUAAGCUUUUUUAUUUUUUCCAGUUGUUACAACUUUGGUGGCGUAAAACCUGGUAUUCAUAGAUACACAUGGACGGAAGACGUUUUUUGAUAUAAAACCUAUCCCAUCGCUUUCCUGCCUUGUGCACCUGCAGGGUCCUUAUAAGACUCUAAGGGAGAACUUUGUUGUGUUAAGCUUAUGCGUAAUUCCAGGAGGCAUCGUACUACUGCAAGGUGGUAGCAAUUUUUCGGUGCACGGUGUCGUAACUUAGAGUACUGAAAUUGACAGGAUCAGCAGGGCGUAUGUUGUCCCAAGCAAUCCCAUGCCACCAAUAACAAGGAUUCAAGGACAAGAAUGUGACAGAAACUACUUCUGCAAACGUCUGAAAGAUAUUUCGUCGCCGAACUGGGAAGCGUGGAUUAAGUUCUUAAUAACAAGCGAGUUCUAUGUAUCCCCUUGUUUUUUACAAGUCUGGCUGGUUUUAAGACGAGCAGAAGAGGAAUGCUGCUCCGUGAUAUAUUGCCGCUCAGUUUAAGUUCUUGGCCUUUUCUGUUUGGUCACUGCUUUCUUACGUCAUUUUUACUUUUAUUUCAGUUUACUCAGGGUGAGCUUCAAAAAUCAUGCUCAAGGACCAUAGCAGAGAAGGCGAGUGAGAGCUGCCAGCUGACAUGCCAAUGUAGACCGUACCCUCCUCUACCACCCCCACCCCCUCCACCCCCUCCCCCAAGGCUGCUGGUCUCCCAAACACCUGAACCCAGUGUGCCUCAGAUGAAGCCCUGGUGGAAAGAAAUUGUUAUUAUAGGCACGGUGGGAUGUGCUACUGUGCUGUUCCUUCUGUUAAUGGUCAUCAUUUGCUACAAGGCAAUAAAAAGGAAACCGCUUAGAAAGGAGGAGAAUGGAACAAGCCGGGGGGAAUAUGCAAUGAGUUCCCGCAACAAUAAGGCCCUGGAUGCCAACAAUGCCGUGGUGUAGCACUGUGAGAUGAAGAAGAACGAUAACUCAGUAAACACUCUCCUCCAACUUUCACUCCUUUCCAACUACCAGUGGUGGGGGGGGGGAGGCUGAACUUUGAAUGCACGUGAAGAUCAUGCUUAACGCACAUCGGCUUUGCUAGGAAAUGGAAGAGUUUAAACCGCUGGAAAGAGAGUGCUUUGGGGCUCAGGGCAUUCUUUACAUAUAGUGCAGACAUCAGAUAUUCAGAGCAGGAAGGCAUCUCAUCUGUGAAGCCUUGGUGACUGUCGGAGGAUGAGCUUGUCAGUCCCCGUGACUGCAAUAAGAGACGUGCACAAAAGUUUUUUUUUUCCGAAAACAAAAA